UCCCGGUCCUAGGAAUGGUGGAAGGGGGCUGGGAUGGGGGACCUGUAAGAGGGGACCGUCGUUGAUAAGGAAACUAAACUGCAUCAGGCUCGGGAGAGGAGGAGGAGGAGGAGAAGGACGAUGGCAUUGGAGACAGUGCGAGUGGUGGUACGCUGCAGACCCAGCAACAGCCGAGAGAAGGACCUGAACUGUAAGGUGGUAGUGUCCAUGGACUCUGCCCGCGGCCAGUGUUUUAUUCAGAAACCCGGGGUCCUCGGAGAGCCGCCCAAACAGUUCACUUUCGACGGUGUCUAUUACAUAGAGAGUACCACGGAGCAACUGUACAACGAGAUCGCCUAUCCGCUGGUGGAGGGUGUCACUGAAGGCUACAAUGGAACAAUAUUUGCCUAUGGACAAACAGGAAGCGGGAAGUCAUUCACCAUGCAAGGCAUUUCUCAUCCAACUUCGCAACGAGGAGUUAUUCCCAGGGCUUUUGAACAUAUAUUUGAGAGUAUCCAGUGUACAGAAAAUACAAAGUUCCUGGUGAGGGCUUCAUAUUUGGAAAUUUACAAUGAAGAGAUCCGAGACCUUCUGGGCAAAGACACUAAACAGAAGCUGGAGCUCAAGGAGCAUCCAGAGAAAGGCAUUUAUGUGAAGGAUCUAUCCAUGCACACUGUGCACAGUGUAUCAGAGUGUGAGAAAAUCAUGGAUAUUGGCUGGGGCAAUCGAGCUGUGGGAUACACCCUCAUGAAUAAAGACUCAUCACGUUCACAUUCUAUAUUCACCAUACACUUGGAGAUGUGCUCAAUAGAUGAUAAUGGAAAAGACCGCAUCCGUGUGGGAAAAUUAAACCUGGUAGAUUUGGCAGGUAGUGAAAGACAGGCAAAAACUGGAGCGACUGGAGAUCGAUUGAAAGAAGCCACAAAAAUCAACUUGUCACUGUCAGCACUUGGAAAUGUAAUUUCUGCACUUGUGGAUGGAAGAUCAAAACACAUUCCAUAUCGUGACUCCAAACUGACGCGAAUGUUACAGGAUUCCCUUGGAGGCAACACCAAAACUCUGAUGGUGGCAUGUCUAUCUCCUGCAGACAAUAAUUAUGAUGAAAGUCUUAGCACUUUACGAUAUGCCAACAGGGCAAAGAAUAUCAAAAACAAGCCAAGAAUUAAUGAAGAUCCAAAGGAUGCUUUACUUCGAGAAUAUCAGGAAGAGAUUAAACAGCUAAAGGCACUCCUAGCUGGACAACUUGGAAAUGACAACUUAUCUAAUUUUCUAAAUAAAGUGCAAAGGGAUAGUAGUCAAACCACCAUUCCAUCCCCUCAGAAUACCAAUGCUCAUGCUGACAUAGAACUUGAAAAAGAAAAUAUGAGACAGGAAUAUGAGCAGAAAUUAUCAAAGAUCAAGGCAGAUUAUGAAGCAGAACAAAAGUCCAAUGUCAAACUGCAAGAAGAUAUUGAAAAAUUAAGAAGUUCAUAUGAAAUGAAAUUGGCACGCAUUGAGGCUUCAGAUAAGGCCACAGAUGCACCUGAAUUUGAAGAAAGAGCCUCUGCCCAGGAGGUAACUCAGCCAUUUAAUGUUGAACUAGCAGAUGUAUGUGAAAUAGAACAGAAGCUAGAGAUUGCCACGUUAAUUGAAAUAGAGCCUGAAAUAGCCACACACGAAAGCAGCAAGAAAGCUACACCAAUUAAUGAAGAGCAAAGCUCUCCAUUAGAUAUGCAACUCCUAAAGGAAGAAACAAUGGCUGAAUGUUCUCCAUCUGGUUCAUCACCCACCACCUUGGACCAGGAGGAAGUACUUGCAAGACUGAAGAUGUUGGAGAAUGAGGUUGUAGGUGGAGAGCAGGCCAAAAAUACAGAGCUGAAGGAGAAACGGAAACGACGUAAGAAGUAUGCAGAUGAACGAAAGAAUCAACUUGCAGAAGCACUGAAGCACACAGAUAGGGAUGAUCCUGCUAUCUUGAUCAACGUGUACGAAUCUAUUCAGGAUGAAGUUCGAGCAAAAAGCAAAAACAUUGAAAACUUGCAAAGAAAGCUGAAAGUUGCAGAGAUAGAGAUCUCUGAUCUCCAAUCUGAAUUUGAGUUUGAACGUAUCGACUACCUGUCUACUAUAAGGAAGCAGGAACGGGAAAACAUUUUGCUGCAGCAAGUCCUAGAAAGAAUCCAGCCAUUGAUUCGGCGUGAGUGUAAUUACAGCAAUAUUGACAAAAUAAAACGGGAAAGUGUUUGGGAUGAAGAAAGUGGUUGCUGGAAAUUACCGGAAACAGUUCUUCAAAAGAUCACGCUUCCUUCCGCUGGCUCUAGUCUAGCACCAACAAAGCAGGGGAUCAGAGUCACUACAACUGAAAUUGCAGAUUGCUCAAUGGAAGAAGACCGUUACAGGCAAAUGCUGAACCGCAGUGAUAGUGAAAAUAUUGCCAACAACUAUUUCAGGUCAAAGCGUGCUAGUCAGAUCCUGAAUACAGACCCUGCACGAAGUCUCUUGCACAACUCCACAUCUGUACAUAAUGUAUCUCUUAACAAUGGAUCUUCUUCCCAUGCUGUCUCCAACUUGAACACAGUGUCUCCAACCCAGCCUCCUGAAAUGCCCACGCCAAGGCCAUUUCGCUUGGAAUCUUUGGAACUUCGUGUGCCCUCAGCCAAAACCAAACGCAAGAAAAGCAAAAGCAGUUCUUUCAUGGACAUUGCCUGAUUUGGAACUGUUGCAAUAAAUUGUUUUUAAAGACAUUUGUUGUAUUUUUCCCUUCCCGUCCUGCUAAUGCUGCUCUAUCACCAGCUACUUAGAGGUGUUUGGGAUAGUAAUAGAGCUACUGUCCGAAAGGCUGUCUAUGUAAUAUAGCGCUUUAUUCCCAUUUGACACCUCCCUAUAUGUCUGCAAUUGAGAAAUCAUAAUGAUGCAGGAAACUGAUUGAGACCUGUAUUGGUCUAAUAAAUCAUACUACUAUGCCAUCGAAUGCUGUUGUUUUGGGAAUUUGAAUAUAUAUAAAGUGAAAUUACAAAAGUCAAAGUUCCACACAACACAUUUCAUCUUAACAAUAGCACAGUUCAUGUAUUUUAAAUUUCACUAAAUCUUUCCAAGAGCUUGCUGCUGUUCUCUUUUCCACUCUUCUUUUUAUUUCAUUCAAUUUAUUCAUCAUCCAUCCCUACAAAUUAAUUUUCCAAAACAUUUCUGAUUUUGUUUACUAAAUUCCUUCAAAUUAGCCAAUCUGACAAUGAACCAGUUCUGGAUGUACAGCUACGUUUUCGUUUCUUUCUGAUCAGCGAAAGUUUAUUAUGUUGCUUGAGUCUGAUCAAGAGCUGCCACCUUUACCUCUCCAAAAAAUGUCUUUACAUGUUGAUCUUCUGAGCUUCUCUAUCUCUUCUAAAGCAAACCUUGUCCUUUCCUAUUGCAGCUUUCAAGAAGUUUGGCUUCUUUCAUGCUUAACAUUGCUUCUCUCCUCAGCAAUUCUGUUUCAUGCUCAAGAAUAUCCAAUAUUUUUAACAUUAUUGCAAUAUCAAGGGAAGGUCCUUAGAAUAUAUUUCUAACAUCCUAACAUCUGUUAAAGUUUUCUAACAAGAUACAAGAAAAAUAUUGUCUUCUGAUACAAUAAUGACUUACAAUUCUGUUUCUCAUCACGUGCCAAUAUUUCGGACAUUUCACACAUGGACAAAGUUAGUGUAUGGACAAAGGAAGGAAAUGGAUAACAGAAAGGGUGUGGAUAUGACUAAUGCUUUCUCACCUCUAGCCACAAACUCUAGAAAUAUACAGGGAUGGAGAUAGAGGUCUAACAGUUUUCUUUUUUCACCUAAGUUUGAGAUUCCAUUAUAAUGCUAGAAGUACUCUUAUAAUUUUGCACUCCAUUUCUUAACUUUUUCUCCUCUCUACAUUCUAACUUUAUUGAAAUUGAGACUCGUUAUAGUAUCCCAUUCAAGCUCACUCAUUCUCAUGAGCUCCCGCAGUUUCAUCUUGCAUUGCUAUUCACCAUUUUCUUUUUACUUUCCGGUCUAUUGCCCUUUCUGUUUUAUUGUUGUUAACCUUGAUAAUGUACUGCCCUAUAUCAGGCAAAUUGUUUGGCCUCCCUCCAGGUGUCCUCAAGCUGUUACUUCAUUGUAAGCAGCUCCAUUCACACAAGUUCCUCUUAUUAAGAUGCUCCUGGUGAUGUUGUUUACCAAUCUCAAAAACAGUCAUUCCAACUGGUCCACUUUUUAAAAACAUGUCCAGGCUGGGUAUUAUGAGUUCACUCUGGGAGCAGGAGCAGGAGGUCAGGCUAUGUAUUUGCUGUCAUUUGUAAUGUUACACAUAAAUGGCUGCCACAGUAAUGUUAUAAAUAUCAUACAUUUUAUAAAUUAUUGUCAUUGUAUUCUUACAUUGUCUGUGAUGGCUAAACUGAGCCAAGUGCUCAGAAUUCACAAGUAACCAGUUAACUAUUGCUGUUCUUUAACUUUGAUGAGUAUUCUUAUAAAUCUUCAAAUGAUUUUGUUAGUAAACAUAACAACAAACUGUACCUAUCAUAGGGUCCAAAGUUUAAUUCUUGUCCUGAAUUAUUGUAUCUCAGCAGAGUUGUAAUAAAGAUAAUAUAGUAUUAAUUUUAUUAUCCAUGUUUAAGGUAAGGCAGGAGGGUACAUGGAAUGAAUAAAUUGAUUGUUAUCUAAUUAACCUUGGCAGAAUUCUUUGUUAUGGAUCUCAGUUGGAAAAAAUGGAUUGGGCUUGACCAUGAUGAUCCCCCACAGUCAAAAAUCCUGCUGUUGCUUAAAGAAUGACACCGAUGGACUGUACACAAAACCAGAGAGGAUAGUCACACUGAAGAGCCUGGCUCCAGAUAGUACUGGAUUUGAAAUUAUUAUAAUUUCAACACCUCAAGCUCAGGUGGAACAAAAACACCACCCAGCUUGUAUUCCUACCUCAACUUAUUUGUAAAAUUUGAUGAGACCAUUUAGACAUCCAAUUGGUAAUGAAGCUUCUCCGGUUAAUAGGAAAUCCUGCAGUGAUAUUGGGUUCCCAGGGAAGCUCCCUAGUCUGUGCUAAAUUAGCUAGUCUCAGUUUAUUUAGGCUGUUACAUCUGGCCACAACCCUCCAGGUAAAGAAGAGGAAGAUGAAAUCAGCUAGGUGGUUGUUCCCACUAAUCCUUGUUGCAAAGUGCACAUGUGCAGAAAUUGAAUGGGAAUAACAAAAGGCUGUACAACCUUUACACUUGCCACUUGGGCAAGUUCUGGAAGGUGCUGGCACUUUUCUCACUGUCCUCUAACCAUGAGUUGGAGCCAUGAGGUAAGGAAGGAGAAAAGUAAUUGUGGCAGGUGUUGGAAUUAAAUGUACAUGUGCAUGUCCAACUCAGAAUAAACUAAACAAAGAAAGAAAUGCAGUCAAACAUUAUUAUGACCCACCAUUGGAAGUACACAAAAGUUGUGUUAGUUUUAGGCUUUUAUCAUUUUGACUAACAAUACUUCAACUCAGACUGACAUUUUUUAAAAAUAAUGACAUAUGAGUAAUAUUUUGUUAUAUUGGAAUUUGAUUACAGUCACUUUUAAUGGUAAAUUAAAAUGAGAUUAGGAGGAAA